AUGCUACUGCUCUCAGUCUCCGCGCUACCGAGCGCCGGCACCCAGUCCAGGAGCCGCGACCUUAGCGGGCGGGACAGAGUCCCGGGGCCGGGGUCCUGGAGCUUGGGGAGGGGGUCGGGGCCGGCCGAGGUCCCGGGGCUCAGCGGGCGGCAGAAGCAGCUGCUCCGGGCGUCCUGGGACGUCCUUCAACAAGACAUCGCCAGGGUUGGAGUGAUCAUGUUCAUCAGGCUGUUUGAGACCCACCCCGAGUGCAAGGACGUCUUCUUCCUGUUCAGCGACAUCGAUGAUCUGCAACAGCUGAAGAUGAGCAAGGAGCUGCAAUCACACGGGCUGCGGGUGAUGUCCUUCAUUGAGAAGAGUGUGGCACGACUGGAUCAGGAAGACAAGUUGGAGCAGCUUGCCUUUCACCUUGGGUGCAGCCAUUGCCGUUACAAUGCCCCACCCAAAUACUACCCGUACAUCGGGGCGCAGUUCAUCGCGGUGGUCAAACCAAUACUGAAGGAGCAAUGGACAGCGGAAGUGGAGGAUGCAUGGGAGUGCCUGUUUAACUACCUGACCAGCACAAUGAAGAGAGGCUACCAGGAGGCCGAGCAGAGAAACAAGGUCCACCAGGCCGGCUACUCAGCUCGGAAAGCUGCAGCCGCCAGCACCAAUCGCAACGUUAUCUGAGAGGCCGUGCAUUAGGCAGGACUCCCAGGACAGCGGAGUCAAAUUGAACACAAAAUGCUGGAGUAACUCAGCGGGACAGGCAGCAUCUCUGGAGAGAAGGAAUGACUGACGUUUCAGGUUGAGACCCGUCCACAGACAUUUCUACAGAAUGAAGAAGGGCCUCGACACGAAACAUCACCCAUUCCUUACCUAGAAACCAUAGAAACAUAGACAUGUUGAAAAUAGGUGCAGGAGUAGGCCAUUCGGCCCUCCGAGCCAGCACCACCAUUGAAUAUGAUCAUGGCUGAUCAUCCAACUCAGUACCCCGUUCCUGCUUUCUCCCAAUAUAUCCCUUGAUUCCGUUAGCCCUAAGAGCUAAAUCUAACUCUCUCUUGAAAAUACCCAGUAAAUUGGCCUCCACUGCCUUCUGUGGCAGAGAAUUCCACAGAUUUGCAAAGUUCCCCUCAGCGGAUCAUCCCCAAUCAGUACCCCGUUCCUGCCUUCUCCCCAUAUCCCCUGACUCCGCUAUUUUUAAGAACCCUAUCUAGCUCUCUCUUGAAAGCAUCCAGAGAACCUGCCUCCACCGCCUUCAGAGGCAGAGAAUUCCACAGACUCACCACUCUCUGUGAGAAAAAGUGUUUCCUCGUCUCCGUUUUAAAUGGCUUACUCCUUAUUCUUAAACUGUGUGUGUGGUCCCUGGUUCUGGACUCCCCCAACAUCGGGAACAUGUUUCCUGCCUCUAGCGUGUCCAAGCCCUUAACAAUUGUAUAUGUUUCAAUGAGAUCUCCUCUCAUCCUUCUAAACUCCAGAGUGUACAAGCCCAGCUGCUCCAUUCUCUCAGCACAUGACAGUCCCGCCAUCCCGGGAAUUAACCUUGUAAACCUACGCUGCACUCCCUCAAUAGCAAGAAUGUCCUUCCUCAAAUUAGGGGACCAAAACUGCACACAGAGGUCCAAAACUGCACACAAUCUGCAGAGACUGACUGCCACCUCCCCCAAACUUUGCAUAUCCCCGAUCCUGGACUUUCCGCUUAUCACUUGAAUUUAUUGUUUUGAGUAUCUUGGUGUGUUUUACGACCGUUGGCAGAUCAAUUUCCCUCCUUUGUAGAAGGGUCUCGACCCGAAACAUCACCCAUUCCUUCUCUCCAGAGAUGCUGCCUGUCCCGCUGAGUCACUCCAACUUUUUGUGUCUGUCUUCGGUUUAAACCAGCUUCUGCAGUUCCUGUGUAUACAUAAAUAAAGUUAUGUUGUAUCGUGAGGAAUGAGAUGAACAAUUUGGCCUGUGGGAGUUUGUAGUGAUUAG